AUGGGCCAUCCUCAUAAUGGAGGUGCCCCAGGGCAAGCGCUCGUCCCUUUCCCUCCUCAGUAUCACUUGGGAAACAUGGGCUAUCCUCACAAUGGAGGUGGCCCAGGGCAAGGGCCUGUUCCUUUCCCUCCUCAGUAUCACUUGGGAAAUAUGGGCUAUCCUCACAAUGGAGGUGGCCCAGGGCAAGGGCCUGUUCCUUUCCCUUUCCCUCCUCCUCCUCCAGUUGUGGCAUAUCCAGCGUAUGGACAAGUCCCUUAUGCUGCGCCGCAGCAACCAUAUAUGUACCCCCCUCCCUAUGGCCCAGCGGUGUACCAAAACGCGGUGCCACUGGGCCAACAACCUCAUGCGCAUCCCGUGCCUGCAUACAUGCCUCCUUACCCACAGAGUCAGGUGAAUCAAGCAGCUCAAGGUCAAGCAUAUAUGCCCCAGCUCACACAGGGCGGAGGCAAUAAUCCAGCUCAAGUCCCAGGCCAACAUCAUGGUCUGCGUUUGCGUCGCCGCUGCCGCCGUCGCGUGCAAGCUCGUGGCCGUGGCAAUGGCAGAGGUAACAGGGGACAGCCAAACAGGCGUCAAGCGGGCCGCGACAAUAACUCAGCGCGACAAGCAGCGCAAGUGGUUCAGCAGAGUUCAUCCGAGGCUGGAGUUGCGGAGAGAAAUCCUCUUGCAGCUCUUCCAGUUCCACUCGAACAGAGUUCCGGUCUGGACAGUCGAGGGAUCAAGCAAGAGGAUACUGAAAAUGAAUCCGCUCUAGUUGCCCAGAACAUCGGGUCUACUGAUAUUAAAAGAGAGCCGGUGAUCAAGCAAGAGCCACAAUAG